AAUACGAGACAGAUAUUCAACAAACCAGAGAUUGGAAGGGACCAGCUACAUGUUGGUGUCUUAAAAGCUUGAAAAAUCAAGAACAAUGUGAUGAUUGUAAAGAAAUUUUAAAGGAUGUUUGUACCUAUCAAUAUUAUAGGAAUAGUAUGGAAAUACAAUCUACUUAUAAGGUUCAAAUUGAAGAAAAUGAUGUUCGCAUUGAAAUUGGCAAUAGUUUAGAAAAAUAUACAACCUGUGGAAGCUUGUCUGAAAAAUUUUUAAAUCAACUAAAGGAUUUCCUUAACAGAAAUCUUAGCA